AUGCUCAUCUCAGUCAAUGAUGCUGGUCGAGCUCAGGAAACGGAGAAAAUAAAUUUUCCAUCAAACUUCCUACUGCAAAAUAUACCCAGAUACGAGGAUUGCAUUACGAACGAGUUCAAAAUUUUCUUGCUUCAGGUGGCGAAGAAUCAAUCUAAGCAGUCUACAAUAAACGUUGUCUUGUCAGAUAGCAGCUGUCCGAUCUGUGACGGAAUUUUUGGUGAACUAAUGAAGGUAUCUGCUCAGACGUUUUUGACGGUUGACUUUGCAUCCACCGAUGACUCCAAUGCCGAACAAAACACAGAGAUCGCUUCCAGCGUUGGUUACUAUAAAUCUCUCACGUUUCUGAUGACCAACGUUGGAGAGUUUCUUGAAAAGUUUGCCAAACUUCGUCUGAAGUAUGCGUGGAAUCCGAGAGCUCAGCACCUGAUUUUCACCGUGAUAAAACCGACCAUCGAUGAGCUAGAGAUGGUUUUUAACGAGUGCUGGACUCACAGGGUCCUCAACGUUGCGGUGAUGGUCUACAAUCGAGAACAAGCUUACACCUACAAUCCAUACAACAAGGAUCGUCUUCAGGUGGAAGAAGUGGUUGAUUGGUCGGGAAUGUUCUACGAUAAACUUCGCAAUACGAAUGGGCGUCUGAUCAAGGCUAAGUACAUCCCAUAUUCUGGUGAUAACGUGGUUAAGUGGGUAGAGAAAGAAAGAAGAUUCGAAAUAUUCGCUAGAGAUUUUGGCUACGCUAAUGCAUUCUACAAGGCAAUGAAUGCCACCCCAGGUUUCAUCAAUCUCACGCAAAGCCAUAUUCUCUUGUACAAAAACUUCUCAUAUUUGAACGAAAUCUGGGUAAACCAAGAAUUCGAAGGUUUCGAAUUGUGGCUUAAUUAUUUUCCAGAUGCUUUCAAGUUUAAAAAACGAAUUGAACAUUCUUAUCCCGUGCUUAGAGAUGACGUCCGCAUCAUGGUGCCAAAAAGCGGUAUCAAAACGCCGAGUCUGCUCGAGCCCUUCGACCAAGUCACAUGGAUUUGUGUGCUGAUUACUCUUGUAGUCUUCUCUGGUUAUCUCUAUAUAUUCAACAAGCUCCGGGGUAUCAUUGAAAAUGCUCUAUUCCGUACUCUAAGCGUCUUUUUGGGUAUGGGCGUGGCCAACAGGCGCCAAGAACUGGUGGAAAAAUUCACCUUCACGAUGUUAACGACGUUCUCUUUGCUGAUUCUGAAUGCUUACCAGGGUUCGUUGUACAGCGCACUGGCUACCGUAUCUCAUUAUCCUGAAAUCAACACAUUGACUGAGCUUUACCAACGUACAAGAACGGUCCACACUGUGCUGAACGUCGCCGUGGUUCUUCGCGAAAGUGAGCCCGGUUUGACGGUGCUUCCCUUCGACAAUAUUGGGUAUGACGUGUACAUGGAAAGCCAUCGCUACGAGGCCUACGCCUUUCCGAAGAGCAUGGCUGAGUUGGCGGUCAGGCAAAAGUCUCUCUCAGAGAAUGGUGUACCAUUUUACCACAUCAUGAAGGAGUACUCCCUGCCGGGCUUCGACGGUUAUACGUUUCCUUACGGGUCACCGUACCUUGACAAACUUGACAGAGUUGUUUUGGCUUGCAAAGAGGCUGGCUUAGAUGAAUACUGGAAAUCGGAGGCUGUCCUGCAAGACACGCUGUCGGAAACGGACGUAAAGCAUAUAGCCGAUGAGAAACCAGUGACGAGAUUGUCCCUGGAGACGCAGAAAAUGGCAUUUUACAUUUUUGGAGUUGGACAGCUUGUUAGCCUCUGCUGCUUUGUUGCAGAAAUUUACUGGCACGGCCAAUUAGACAUCUCACGGAAACGUCGCUAUGAUUAG